CAUUCAUCCACAACUACUUUCUCUCUCUAGAAAUCUAUUUUCUCUCUCUAGAUAUCUAAACACACACAGAAAUUAGAAAUGGCUUCUUCUUUUCUGAUUGUUAAACUAAUUCUUCUUACUUCCCUCUUCAAUGUGUGUUUUGCUGCUCUGGUAGCAGAAGAACCACAAACCCAGCUGCUCAAAUACCACAAAGGAUCACUCCUCCAUGGCAGAAUCUCCGUCAACCUCAUUUGGUACGGCAAAUUCAAACCCUCACAGAGAGCAAUCGUCUCCGAUUUCAUCUCCUCUCUCUCAUCAUCACCAUCUAAUUCCGCCGCCGCCGCCGCCGCUCAAAUCGAGCCAUCCGUCGCCACGUGGUGGCGGACCACCGAGAAGUACUACAAUCUCGCCGGCGGCGCAAAGAAGGCGUCUUCUCUCUCCCUCUCGCUGGGCAAACAGGUCCUCGACGAGGGCUACUCUCUCGGAAAAUCUCUCUCCCAGAAACAGAUCGUUCAGUUGGCAUCCAAGGGCGAGAAAUCCAACGCCGUUAACGUCGUGUUAACGGCGUCAGAUGUCAACGUCGACGGUUUCUGCGUCAACAGGUGCGGGUCCCACGGAUCCUCCUCCAACAGCAAAUUCGCGAGGGGGGGGAAUAAGAAUUACAAGUUCGCAUACAUCUGGGUCGGCAACUCGGAGACUCAGUGCCCCGGGUUCUGCGCGUGGCCGUUCCACCAGCCAAUAUACGGGCCGCAGAGCCCGCCGCUGGUUGCCCCGAACAACGAUGUGGGCCUGGACGGAAUUGUGAUCAAUUUGUCGGGUCUUUUGGCCGGAACGGCGACCAACCCGUUCGGAAAUGGGUUCUAUCAGGGAGCGGCGGGUGCGCCGUUGGAGGCGGCGUCGGCUUGCCCUGGAGUGUAUGCUAAAGGGGCUUACCCUGGUUACGCCGGAGACUUGCUGGUUGACUCGACGACUGGUGCUAGCUAUAAUGCGCACGGCGCUAAUGGCCGGAAGUACUUGCUUCCGGCUAUUUACGAUCCUUCUACUUCCAGAUGUUCCACUCUAGUUUAGAUUUUAUUUAUUUAUUUUCUCUUUAUAUAUAUAAAGAAUUAUUUUGUAAGAGUAGUGUAAUAGUGGAUUCAUUCAUUCAUUUAUUUAUUUUUGGGGGAAAUAUCUCUUUUCUUUUA